AUGGUAUUUGAUAGCAGCAACGAAAUGUUGACUGAUUUGGAAAGAAGGUUUGAAUACGAACCUGACCUAGAAGGGGCAAGCAGUGCCUACCAAGCAAAGCUUUCUGGAAGAGGCUGGGCUGGUUCCUUUUCGGCGCCCGCAUUUGAUUUAGAUGUUGGGGCAAGGCUAUACCCUGGGACGGGGGAAAAAUAUUACCAUCUCCCUUCCUUAUCGGACAGAAAGGAAGGCUGCUAUCCGUUCGACGAUCCUACUUCUGAUUGGCAAGAUGACUUCUCAACAGGGCAGUGGUCCGCACGCACCGUCGGAUCAUUAAGGUCAAGUCUUUUUCGCCCUCUACGGCGUAACCGGCUCACCUCUCUCCGGAAACACGCCAAACCAAAGCAAACUUUCUUUGUUGUGGAAGGGGCUAUUGCCUUUCUUAUCGCUCUGCUUCUAGCUAUUCGGAUAGACCACACCUCAGAAAGAAAGUCCGCUAUUCUAUUCCAUAUCAUGGCUUUCUUGUCACGAGCUGGGCUCGAACCAGCGCUUUCCAGAUUAAGAAUCCGGAUUUCCAACCUUCUGAUCGUGACUUUUGUUAUAACAGUCAAGAACUUCACACCGACCAUUCUUAUGUAUUUCAAUACUACCCCAGUGACAUUUGGAAGUGUUGCUGACUUAACAUUUAAGUUUCGACAUAACAAAGCUUGCACCUUUCUUUCACUGCUAACCCCAAUCAAAUAUGGGGCCAGAAAUUGCAGAGGUGCAGGAUCCGAAGCGGUGGCUGCUACAAGAAUGGAAUAUUCUAGCAUGUUAAACGAAAGCGCCGCUUUCUCUGUAGUGUUUCUGGCGAUUUUUGAUGUGAAUUCGGCAGGUCGUCCCCCCUUCCUACGGGUUCCCCCACCAGAGCCUUUCAUAGAAGAGAUAGAGAUAGCUCACCCUAUUCUGAUUAGGGAUGUGGAUAUUGUGCUUCUUGUCAUCGUGGGCGAGAAGGAGAUAUUCACUGACUUAGAGCCUAUUGGAGCCUUCGGCCUUUUACUUUCCAUGCUUCGUGAAGGGCUCACUUUCGAUCAAGGUCAUUUAUGCCUGGACUAUACCUAUCGAAGUCGUUAUGUUAUAAAACAUUAUAAAGUUGAUGAUUCCCACCAAGAAUUUGAUCGCCGGGUCUGUCUCUUACCAGUGCCAGCCUCGGUAGAUUGCGAUAGUCUACCACGAGCAGAUCUAAUCACAAGGAGAUUGGGGGCGACAUGCCCUAUAAGCUAUGGCUCACCUAAACCAAUCAUCAUAUCGGUCCCUAGGCCCCAUUGCCGAAGGAGGGCUAUCCAUGGCAAAUUACAUGAUGCCUCACGGAGCUGCCGAAUCCGAAUUGGAGGAUUUGUUUACUUAUUCCAUCUCUUCUCAGAUAGGUCUGGGGAGCGGGAACGGAGUUUGGAAGAUAUCUUUAGAAAAGGUUUUAGCACCGGUGUAUCCUAUAUGUACUCUAGUUUCUUCGAAGUAUCCCAAUGGUGUAACGCCGUCGACUUAUUGGGAAAAAGGAGGAAAAUCACUUUUCUCUCCUGUUUCGGAGAAAUAAGUGGCUCACGAGGAAUGGAAAGAAACAUAUUCUAUUUGAUCUCGAAUUCAGACCGGGCCAAGCCUUUAAGCCCUCGCUUGAAGAAGCUUAUUGUGAUGAACCUUUCUCGGUGGAAGAAAUCCAUAGCAAUGGAUUCCUAUGAAGCAUUCAGGAACAAGAAGAUUCAAUCGGACGACGAAUUCUUACGUGGUCCAAGGAAAUCAAUAAAAGGUCCGCUUCCACGAUCCCAGCGGGUAGAGGAGCACGCAACUGAAAAACUUUAA